AUGUACUCUACUGGGCAUAAUGAUGAAGGCAGAGUGACGGGUAUGAUGGGGAAAUUGAUCGUUGCUAUUCCCAUUGCGAUGGUCUUUCUUGUGAAAACACCAGAGAAAGUCUUCGACCCCUCCACAAAUGUUCAACAAUGUCAACAGUUCCCACAAGUAGACUGGCCUUCUCUUCUCAACUACCUACACAGAAGCAAAUGCACACGUGUGCCAGAAAGCAAACGGGAAUUCCUACGGCCAUCGGCUGAGAAUCUCGGGCCUUGGCCAUGUUGCAACUCUCGUGAUAUUUGCCCUCACGGCACCGUGGUGCUGCUCUUGGCGGCGUCGCAGUUUUGCUAUUUUCUUGUUUGUUUCACACUAUUCUCGGCUACCCGCAUCAUGCCACUCGACGGACAACGCAACGUUCACACCCUUCAACAUGACACGAGAAAGGGGCGGGGGCGGCUGUCUGCCUACGUAGGUGACCUGGUGAUUGAAGACCUAUAUAUUCGAGGAGGUGUUUGGAUGGAAGGGCACGGAUGGUGCGCGUUUCGCGAGGCAGGCAUUUGA